AUGAAUGGGAAACUAGGGGCUGAUUCUUCUUACUCAGCUGCUGCUAACACUGCAAGCCAAAGCCCUAACAGCUGUUGCAUUGUCUAUUCACAGGGUAACCGCAAGGCACUGUCCUUUGGGAAUCAGAAAUUCAACUUGCACGAGGUUGGAAAAGAGUUUGAGCCGAAAGCACACAGGCCAACACCAGGAUCCAUAGACCUCUGUUUGAUUACCCAUACGCCGAUCAAUAAAGUGAUGGAACAUCUGAAAAAAUACGGUGUUGUCGUUGAAGAAGGUCCCGUUGAACGAACGGGUGCAGUGGGUCCUAUCGUCUCGGUCUACUUCAGAGAUCCGGACAAUAAUCUCAUUGAGGUUUCCAAUUACCAUUCUGGACAAAAGUGAACACUCCAAUAAUUGGUUCUUUACGGGUACACAAGGACUGUGGUACAAGUAUGUGCUGCUUCAAAUUGUUCUUGGGUGGCAAUAUAGAGUCUGAAUAAUAAUAAUAAUAAGAAGAUGAAAUAACUGCAUUUACGACAGAAGAGGGAAGUCGGGCAAUUCAACUCCAUGUGUGGUUUGACAUGCUUUUGAUUUGACAUCAGAGGUUUCUGUACAACAAAUAUU